AUGGCUGAUUUUCCAGACUGGAGGGUUGAAUCUCCAGAAGAUUCUGCAUUUAAAUGGCUUUGCGAGGGUCAAUAUAUGAAAGCAAUUCUCUCUUUUGAGUCCUGGAUCCUGCGCACAAAACACACUUGGACUGAUGAUAAGGAAAAGAAACUUGGUGACCUUUAUAGAGGACUAGCCGAAGCAUAUUGGCACGUACACUGUCCUGAUGAUGCUUUAGAGCAGAUAUUACGCUGCGUAUGGGAGAACUGCCACGAAUUUUCUGAGGUAACUCUUAACGAUAAUCAGUUCUGCCCAGCUGUCCAAUAAAAGACAGAAAGUUUCGUCCUUCUUCUUUUCCACCAAACUGUCGAAGUAUGGUAACUUCUAUUUCCCUCCGCUCUCCAACUUCGUGAUUAUGGUUGGUUUUUUGUAUUUUUUAUUGUUGUUUUUUAUCGACAGAGACGCGAUUGUUAUGGUAGAUCAUUUAUUUUGCAUUUUAAUCUCACCAUUUUGCUAGAGACACGUGAGCCAUUGGUCAAUACUUGCUGAUAAACAGGUUGAGAAUCCAGAGUUUAAGCUCAAAGGCUAUCAAAUAGCACUUCAGUUUGUUCCACCUCAUGACCUAUUCAAAAGGAGCCAUCUGCUGUCAAAAAUGCUGCUGUUUUGCUGCGAGUCUGGGUCAUCCUUCCAAAUCAUGGCCGGUUUGUUUAUGUGCGCAGCGAACGAGAUAGAAGUUUGUGAACAAGAGGUGGGAACCAAAAACAGUAUCAUUACCUUAACAAAUGAAGCACAACAUUAGUGAAAUCCUUUUUAUCCUUGAAGGUCAUUCCUCUGAAAUGGGACCUGCACUGAUAUUUUUUUUAACUUUUACCUAUUGGUUGUUUAUCUUGAAGGAGCGUAAAUUUUGAAUAAAAAGGACAGGUCUUCAGGUUCGUUUAGGAGCGGCAGUACCUUGUACAUACCCAUAUAAUUCCCACAGCAUCGUGACAAUUAAAUUUUCGCCACUUGCCAUCUAAGCGUUUCCAAAAAUUGUCCGGCACUUUUCCUACGCUGAGAAUUGGUUUAUACUUAUUUGACGGAAAAAAGUCAGUGUAGGAAAGCGAAAAGCAUGAUAGAUCAUUGUGUUCGUUUUCAAAAAAUAAGGAAUUACCACUCUGGCAAGCUCCAACCAUAGAAAGAAGCCGCCAUUUUUUUAAUGUGUACGAUCUUGCAGUGCCACUAUGACCAAAAUUUUGCAAUCUUAUUUCCUUCAUCAGGCUUUAAGAAUAGCUUUCAUUUGCAGCAAGGGAAUGCCGCCGUCUAUCCAACUAAUAAUUUUCGACUGUUAUUGACUGCUAUUAUUUUGACAUCUUGUAUUACACCUCAGAAAUGAGGUCUAAUAUAAAAUGGCAUAAAAUUCUCUGUUGCCUCAAUCCCCCACUUCUUUGAACGUCAUUUAAGUGCUAUCAUUUUAUAGCUAGCGGUUUCCUCUCAUAUAGGACCUCGCAAAAAUUUGGUUGGAUUGCGGAAAAAAGAUUCUACCAUUCAGAGAUUCUUUGAAGAUAUCUGUUGAGUGCUUUACUCUAGCACAAAGGUUUUUGCCAAGUGAUGAGGACAAGAUGAAAGCCCGGCUCUGCUUUCUAAGGGCAAAGACUAUUUUAGCUAUUGGUGAGUCCAGUCAGUAUGCUCAAGCAAAGAAGGAUGCCCAGACGUAUGUUGCACUCCGCCCUUCUAAGACGAAGGUAGUUACAUUAUAUGUAUAUUUCUUUUCAUUUACGAGGCUACUUAAUGAAUUUUUUGGACUGAAUGUUAACCUACCACCGGAAACUAAAAGGACAAAGGUUGGUGUGAGAAAAAGAGGGCCAGAAAAAUUGAAUUCAUUGACACGAAUUUCAACUUGGGAUCAGUAGUACAAUCGAUAUUGUCUUCUUGCUUGCUUUUUUUGAAGCAAGGCAAACGUCAACUAUUGAAUCAAGGGGGUAAGUUUCUAAAGAAACUGGUGCAACUGAGUUGAUAACGUAAAUGGGCCACCGUAAAGAGUUUCAAAGCUGGAGUUUCGCUGUGACGAAGGGCUAACGCUCGAAACGUCAGCUUUGAACUUUUUACGGUGGCCGAUUUACGUUAUCAACUCAGUCGAUAUACUAAAAUACCUGUUAAACGUCAACUAUUGUCGAGGCAAGAAAUUAAUUAUGCUAUUUGUAGAGGGAACUUGAACGUUUCCCUUCUCUUUAUCUUUUCUUUCCAUCACUCAAUUAUUAACAGGUGAUAUUUUUAACUCUUUGAAAACCCUGCACUACACUCUGCCUCCGAGCACUCCCGUCUGCCAAUGAGAUUUCAGAACUUCGUGGAGUCCACGAAGUUUGAAAAAUCAAUAUUGCUUGAGCUUCCUUUUCUUUUCAAGGUUUUUUGUUUGAAUUUCUAUGUAAUUUUAGUCAUUCUUUGUUCAAUUUCUAUGAAUCGCGACAGGGCUACUCACUGUUAUGGGAAUGCUCUCUUCGAUGCCAUAAUUAUAAAGAGGCACUUGUGAAUUUUGGAAUAGCGCAGGAAACUUUGAAAGACCGACAAGAGGAGAAAUAUCAAGAAUUUUACAAGUUUUUUACAUCAGCCGUAUCACAGAAAGGUAAAAAAAAUGUAUACAAUUAUUUUCAUGAAGAUUCAUAUGGAAACAUCCAUCUCAAAAUUGCAUUUUUCGAUGCCGUCAGUACAACGUUCCGCAAUCUUUGAGGGCGUUUUAAUGUGCUUAACUACAGCUGUAAGAGCAUUAAAAGUAUGCCUAUUCAAACCGGCAAGCGCACAACAUAGGACAGGUGAAAACGAUUUGGUGAUGGUGGACGAAGAAGAUAAACGAAAACGAAUAGUUUUGAAACUGCAUGGGUGGGAUUGAGGCUUAAGACAUCGCGUCGAGGCUGGGCUGUCGCUCGAGUGACUGCUAACUGUUUACGAAGGAAAUAAUAGUUUUAUUGUUAUCUUUUUCUCUUACUCUAAUCAACAACGAAUAUGGGACCAUAAUACCACUCUUUACUAGCACAAAAGUUUUAUUUCAUAGGCACAUGUGUACCUUGUUAAUUGCUUGAUGUUCAGGUCUGAGAAUAGAUGUGAGAGAGCACCACAUCAAGCUUUCUCGCAGAUAACCUAGCAGGAGUAGGUCCGCUCACCUCCUCUUUGGUUUUGAAACGGCUUGGAAUAUUUCAGGUCGAGUGUUAAGAGUGUUUAAAGAAUUUUGUCUUAGUCCCUAUGAUUCUUAGUACAAAGUGACCAUUUGUUUUACAACUUGUUUUUGUUUAAAUUGAUUGUGUCCCGUGCAGCAUCUGAAGUAUUCAAAGAAGAAUGUCCUGUCGCUGGCUGUUUAGUGGAAAGACUUAUUAGCGAGUUUACUGCCAAAGAAACCGUUAAAUACCUAUCAGUUCUCUUCCUUGACGGCUGUUGGGCCACUACAUGCGAUGCCUCUUGUGUUCCACUGGACAUGGUAUUGAAAUCUGACAUAGAAAACCGCGAUGAAUUAGUCAAAAUCCUCCUGGAAAAGAAAGCACUUCCAAAUGGUCUCUUAAACAGAAGUAAAUCCCCGCUGUCAAUCUGCAUAGAGGAGGACCGUUUAGACUUGGCAUUGAUUCUUUUAAAGUAUGGAGCUGAUGAAAAAGAAUUAGUGCAAAAAGAUGGAGAAACUGCUUUACAUGCUUCCUUACAAAUUGCCUUGAAUUCGAAGAAAGGUAAAUUAAGAUCAUGUCUUAGAAAAAAUUCAAAAUGUAAAGAAAUGUGGCGACAUCCCGGUAUUCGAAUAAUACCUUAAAUAUUUGUUACCAAGUAACUCUUCCUUGUAGCUCGAUAAAAAUUUUUUUUUUUUUUUUUUGCUCUGGAAAACAGGUAACUUGGAAAUCUUCCAGUUCUUUCUCGACGGAAAAAGAUCUGAUGCCGUCGAUGUACAGGACAAGGAUGGGAACACUCUUCUGCAUUUACUCUGUCAAGGAAGGAUGAACUCUAAGAAACGGGAAGCCAUGAAUCUCGUUCUUAGAGCAGGAGCAAAAACGUCAAUCGUAAACAACAAAAAGGAAAGCCCCAUCGAUCUUCUCUGUAAACAGAGGCAAGGCUUACAUUUGUUGAUUCCAUUUGUGCGAGUGAAUAUAAUGAAAUAACUUUCGUUCCCUAUCUAUGAUUGCCUUGGAUAAUCUCAAUAAACGCUUGUUGUCGCAAUCAUUUACUUCAUUCCCUCAUUUUCCAUGUAAAGCAACAGGUCAACUGAAAAUAGAUCACAAGACGCUAACUGAUUCAAUGUACUUAGAAACGUAACAGGACACUGAAAAGCGAAACAUUAUAAAAUGAAUUUACAAACCAACAUUUGCGGCUCAAGUUCUCAGGAGAAUAUCCAAACACGUGCGUUCUCCAACUCAACUAAUAGUUUACUAAUCAAGUUUCAUAUACUGUAACACGGUAAAGAUUUUGAAGUCACGGUAACACUGUCAUCGUAAAUCAUUCAAGGGGUAGACUUGCUACAGAAAACAAAAACGACAACCAAUAAGACGAAGGAAAAAUGAUUUCUUAGUUAACUCUUCAAAUGGAAAUGGCUUCAUGUCAAUAGAUUCUGUUUUAUGGACGAGCAGAUAGCUGUUGAGUUGAAAACAAUUGCUCAGUGCAUCCUACGCCUUAUUAAUAAUUUUAGUUGUUUUGAUCGUUUUUAUCAUCACAAGAGUACAAAACUGUUAGUACGGUAACUGUGGAUUUCGUGUGAAAAAGUAGUAUUAUUAAUCUUAUUGGCUUUUCUCGUCGCAGAUUUUUCAAUGAUGAAAGAAUAACUUUACUGUCCUCUGCUUCGGAAUGCUUUGAAAGCUCGUCAUCAUGUGAGACGAACACUCCAGAGCAAGAAAGUAAAAACGAAGGCAACGAGGUGGAGGGAGAGAGAAAUUUAACAGAACGAUCGAAGAAUAUUUCGCGUAAGAGGAAAAUUGAUAAAAAAGCAACUUCCAAACAAUCUGUGCUUUCUACGAAUUCUAUCGUUGGUGUCCAAACGGAAUCUUUGUCCGUUAUUCGUAGAGAUAUAGGGUCGAUGAUACAAAAUUUGGAUAUCCGCGAUUGGAUCAAGAAAAAUGAAUCCACAGAAGUGGUCGAGAGGAGCGAAAACCCAAAGAAUGAAAGUGGUCAAACUCAAGGUGAUAGAGUCGUGCAGUUAAAACUCGCGAGCGAUGAUAGAGGAUUAGAGCAAGAAGAUGAAUCACGAUCGUUUCUGAGGGACGAAGAACAAUGUUCUAGUAUUUCUGAUACAACAGAAUAUUGCAUCAAGGGAGCUUUCGAAGGACUGCCAUGGGAGGUGGAGUGCACUGCAGAAGUACGGAAAGUAUUAGAAAGCGAACGUCUGGAGCCGUGGAAGAUAAAGCUCUUUGUCGAGAAAGUAAGAACUCUAGCUUUAGGCCGGCACAACUGGUCCCAGGAUCUCUGUAAAAUUCUGAAGGGUGUACCAAAGAACUGUGGAAUGCGUCUUUAUGAAGCAAAACUGACAAAAGCUGCAAGAAUCAUCUGGGAAUGUGCAGUUGCUUUCUCUCCCCAAUAUUCAUACGAGGACGAGAAAGGAAAAGUCACGAUUUAUUCAGAGGUUAUCCGUGUAUGGGAUAUUGUGUUUGAUCAUGAUAACAUCUCACGCGCUAAAGAUAACAUUGUUACAUCAUUCAUCCGAGGAAAGGAAGGCGUGGCGAGGAAGGAACUUAAACGACUUUCUCGGGGAGAGGCGUCACCAGACCAAGGCCCUAAUCUUUACUGUAGGCGUUCACGCGAUUUCCUAUCUGGUUACCCCACUCUACUUGCAGUACCAAAAGAGAAUGUACUCCGUAACGAAGCAAAUGAAGAUCAAGUGACUUUUUUCCCCCCUGUUAGUCAUAACGACAACGAGUACCAAGUACUGAAAUUUUACCACCUGUCUACAGCAAUGAUUCAGACAAUACUGAAACAGCAACCAUGUAAUGUAGUCCUUGACUUUCCAUUUCGAGUAACAGAAGAGGAGCAUGCCAUCAUUAACUUUGAACCUUCCCCCCAGAGUUCCAUCAUCUUGAUUGGACGCAGUGGUACGGGAAAAACGACAUGUAUUCUUUAUCGCUUGUGGAGAGAUUUUGAAAACUAUUGGGGGAAUGCUGUUAAAAGUGGACCACUAAUGCCUAAGAAGAUUGGGUUUCUUCCUGAAGACCAGUGGGACUCUGAUUCAUCAAAAGUAAAUGUACCAGCUGGCAGACAACUUGAUGAAAAUGAAGAUGGCUGUAGCAGAGAAGUAACUUCGAAGGAUGACGACGGAAUAGCAUCAUUUCUGUCUCCAUCUCCCGAAUCCGAAGAGUCCUUGGAGCAUUUCCACCAGCUGUUUGUAACCAAAAAUGGUGUCCUCUGUCAACAAAUCUCAAAAAAUUUCAUUGCUUUGAGCCACGCGUCUUCAUUUGUGGAACAUUCAACUAAGGCAUAUACAGUGAAACCGGUGAAACUGCAAGAGAUUGACGACUCGGCUACUGGCUGGCCCCAGUUUUUGAAUGCACGUGACUUUUACGUCAUGUUAGACACCUCCUUGCCUGAACCUUACUUCUUUCCACGAAAUGACGAUGGGAGCCUGGGUCCAAGGGCCCAAAAUUGGGGCGAAGAAGAUAACAGGUUCUCCGACAUUCCACUCCUCGAGGAAGACGAUGCUAAAGACAACUCGGAUGAGGAAGAUGAACACACAGAGGUUGAAAUAUCCAGCUUAGAAAAGGACAAAGAAAUGGUGCUUAUAAGCUACGACAUUUUUGAAAAACAAUUAUGGCCAAUGGUGUGCAAGAAAAAGAAAGACGGGAACUUCCAUCCAUCCUUAGUAUGGAUGGAGAUACGAUCAUUUAUUAAAGGCUCAUACGAAGCUUUGCAUACAAAGAACGGUUAUCUUUGCUUAGAAAAAUAUCAAGAAAUCGGGCAAAAGAGGGCUCCAAACUUUACAGCAGACAGGGAGGCAAUUUACAAGCUGUUCUUAUCUUACGAGAAAGUCAGAAAAUCAUCUAACAUGUUUGAUGAAAACGACCUUGUUUUCGAUCUGUACCGCCGACUGAGGCAGGGCGGAGUUCCUGACUGGUCAAUUCACAAGUUGUACGUGGAUGAAACACAGGACUUCACACAGGCAGAGUUGAUGCUGCUAAUAAGCUGUUGCCGUGAUCCCAAUGGCAUCUUUCUCACUGGAGAUACCGCCCAAAGUAUAAUGCAAGGUAUCUCCUUUAGAUUCGAAGAUCUUCGUUCACUCUUCUAUUACAUGAAAAAGAACUGCAAAGAUGAAGGAGCACAAACACAAGUCGUGGUUCCCGAACUAAAGAAACUCAUUUGGAACUACCGAUCACACAGCGGAAUUCUAAAUUUGGCGUCCAGUGUCGUUAGCAUUCUACAGGAAUAUUUUCCUGAGUCGUUUGACAAACUGGAUCAAGACCAAGGGCAGCUUGAUGGUCCCAAGCCAGUACUCCUUGAAUCGUGCAGUCCAUCAGAUCUUGCGAUUAUUCUUCGUGGAUAUAAACGUAAGACAACUGCCAUUGAGUUCGGCGCUCAUCAAGCUAUCCUUGUGGCCUCUAACGAAGCAAGAGAACGUCUUCCGGAGGAGCUUAGCCACGCACUUGUGUUGACGAUUUAUGAAGCAAAAGGACUGGAAUUUGAUGACGUCCUUGUCUACAAUUUUUUCAAAGACUCGAAGGUAACUAGGCUUUAGUAAAAAUUAUAUCUGCUCGUUGACGUUACAACAAUUGAUCCUUUCAGUCAUUUUGAUCCUGGUGCGUUAAGGCGAAAGAAAAGCCUGAAAGAUAGAUCGAGCUAAACGUAGCUCGCCAUUUGAAGGCGGCGCCUUAACGCGAAAUGUGAUCGCGAAUGGAUUCUACCCGCUGAGAUUAUGUAUUGCCUCUGAACUUGAGUCAAAUUGUUUCUCAACCACUUAGGCAGAAAAUUUAUCCUUGAACACAUAAUGAAAGUGUCGUUCGCUUAUUGACGCCGAAAAUUUUUUAAAGAUAUGUCUUAAAUGCUGAAAGGGGACUUCUUUGAAAGCAGUUGGUUUCUCUCUACGUUAUUUAUGUGAAAUUUUUUAAUGCCGCUGUGGAUAGCCAAGGAAACCAAUUCUCAUACAUGCUUGUUAUUGUUUAUAUUUUUUUCACCUACAGGCGAGAAUCGAGUGGGGGACAGUAACGCACUUUCUCCUGAAUGUAAGCGAAUCUGAAACCGGCAAUUCAUUGGAAUUCCAAUCUCGACCUGUUCUUUUUGACCCAGACCGACACAAACUGCUAAAGGCUGAGUUGAAGCAGCUGUACACAGCUGUGACUCGAGCUCGAGCGAAUGUUUGGUUCUUCGAUGAGGAUGAGGAAAACCGGCGACCAGUGUUUGAGUAUUUCGAGCAACUUGGCUUAGCGGAAGUCGUAUCACUGAAAGAAGAGGGAGAAGGAAGUACAUCUGGAAACCAGCCACUGGAGAAAAUGUUCCCCAAAGAGUCGUCUUUGAUGGAAUGGCAGAAUCAAGGAGAUUUUUUUUACAGCAAGAAACUUUGGAAUGUAGCAGAAAAGUGCUUUAAGAAGUCUGGAAAUGAAGACAUGAGCCGAAGAUGCAAAGCUUACCUACAGGCUGACUAUGCCCUAAGCCUUCGCAACGACCCACAACGACAGAAGGAUGAAUUCCUACGAGCAGCUUACCAGUUUCUGCAAUGCAAAAUGAUUCGGCAAACUAAAGCGUGCUUAUACAACGCUCGGGAACAUAGCCUUUUUGCAAGUCUACUACAAAAGCUUGGAAAGGUAAGCCUGCGAUGUGGUUAUCAUUGAAUGAAGCUAUGUAUCUCAUAGAUUACGGGAUGUAGGCGAAAAAGAAGACGAGUCAUCAAAAUUGCUAUGAAAUGAAAACAAUAUCAAUUUGGUUUUUAUUAAAUAAGAAUGCACUCUCUGUACACGUUAUCUGCGUAUUUCGUAUUUGGGAAACUUCACCUCUGAGACCAAGAUGAGAGGCACAGGUUUUCCCGAUUUGAACCUUAAAGCCUUUUCAUGAAAACAUAUACGUCUUGUUCAUAAGAAGAAACUCCAUUCUUCCUAACGUUGCUAAGCUAAGGACGUACUUACUUAAGUCUUUUUUAGUUAAAAAAAAUGCUGCUGUUCAUCGUCGUUUUGUAGAUAAAUGAAUAUUUAAUCGUUUGUCUCACCAUGCAGAGUCAGGCUAUUAAUUGUAUUGAUCGCAACGUUUCGAUUGCUGUACUGCUGGUCUUCGUCAGGCGACGAGAUCGAAAGUUUAGAUGUCGCUACUCAUGGCACCCUAAUUUUUAUUUUCACAAAAAUCCUUUUGUUUCUAGGAGAGGAAAGCCGCAACUGUGUUUGAAAGAAAUGGACACUUCUUGGAGGCAAGCCAGUGUCUGGAGGCGACAGCUGAUUACAGAGGAGCAGUUGAUACUCUCCUUCGUGGAAGUCUUUGCAACAAAGCUAUUGAGGUUGUAAAGCGUUUCAGCAAAUUAACUUUAGAGGAACAGAAACUGACCAAACAUCCAGGCAGAACUCUUGACGAAUUGUACUUGGAGUUAGCAGAGUUCAAUCGCAGACGAGGCAAUACAGCAGACAUGAGUUCUUCUCUUCAGCACGUUGAGUCCACCGAUACGCGGAUUGAAUUUUUGAUGAAGCACCGAUUUCUCGAGGACGCUGCCAAGGAGUUAGAGAAGCUGGGUCGUUCAAGAGAAGCUGCAAAUAUCAUGAGAGAAAAUGGGUCAUUUUUGAUCGCAGCCAAGUAUGCUCAGACGUCUGGCAACUCAGUACUUGCAGCUGAUUGUAUCUUUGCCCAUGUGCGUGUCUCAAAGACAAUGACAGACGAGGAGCGACAAGCACGUUUAGAGGAGGCCAAGCGGCUAUACGAGGUGGGAAAAAAGAAAAACAGUUUGGCUGAAGUUCUUUUAAGACAGGCGAAGCUUUCACGGGAUGCAAAGAAAGUAUUGCAGGCUAUGGAAAUAUUCUCCGAUCCAUCAGUCUCUAACACCUGCAGUAAUCUUGAAUGUGUUGAAACUCUGGUUGAGAUGGUUGGUGAUGAUUCGAAAAUUCUUGACAAGAAAAACUGGACUCUGGUGAAACUGGUAGAAAGCGUAAUAAAGCUCAUUCUCUCAUUGGAUAUUCCUGCUCCAGAUUUCAAGACACAGAAAGCACUGGAAAGAUGCGAGGAGCACUUUGGUAUCUACAGAGAGGGUGAUCCCAAAACAAGAGUAGUAAGAUUCAAAGAGGGUGAUCGUUUUCUUUCAAUUUCAUUGGCUUUAGAGAAGGAUACUCUAGCAGGCAGUAAAUGGGAAUUGAAUCUCCAGCACGUCCGAACACGAAUUGCAGAAAAUCUCCUGCACAGAAUGAUCAAUCUGAUCCCUAAGGUUCGAAAAUUUUUAAGGAAAGAGAUCGACUCUCACAAGACAUGCCAGAUGUUUUUGGUUGGGAUGCCUUGUAGUGACGAGAGCUGUCAAUAUCAACACUGUCUCCCAACAAAAGAAAGCACAGAUAGUUUGUUCUGGGCACUUUCACACGAAGUUUAUCUUGACGUGCAAGCGAACGAUUUCUUGAAACUUGAAGAAAAAUAUUCAUCGCAUGAAACCAGCCAUAAUUUCGGAUCUCGGAGGCCACUCAGCACUUCUACUAAAGAAUUGAGGAAGCCUUUUCCGAAAGAUUCAUACCAGUCUUGCAGAAAUUUUCUUCAGUUUUUCUUUUCACCCAUUGGUAUUUCUUCAAGUAUCCGCCUGAGAAAGUACAUUUCUCUUGUGCGAAGUAGGAAAUUCAUCCAGCAAAGUCUAUACAAGUGCGUGGAUAUGUUAUGGAGAAGUCAACUUACAAGGCAGGAACGCAUUUCAGACAUCAACUGCUUCUUUACGGUCUCAAAUCUUUUGCAGUUGCUGGGAUCACCUCCGGGCACAAUUCUAUCUUGGAUCAAAGAGGAAGAGAAAUAUUUCUGGAUUACCUUUCCGUAUGAGAGCCAGAACAGGAAGCCAAGAAUUCUCAAAUCUGUCGGCAUGGUAAUAGAAGAAAACCCACUAAGAUGUACUUUGUUUAGUCGUUGGUGGGAGGAUUCGAAGCGUCUUCUCCAUGUUCACGGAAGAAUUUUGGAUUCAGGCCAUUAUGCUGUGCGGCGUUUCCUGAAGAUGUCGGCAAAUCCUGGAAAACAGCUCCCUUUUCCCGAUCCAAGGAACUUCCUUUCGAUUAUGGAAUACCAAUUUGUAGUUCAUGUCGCUCUGGCAGUCUUUGUUUCUUCGCUUUCCCUUCGGGUUUGUCUUCCGAGAAGCUACUUAUCCGUCGUCACUUUCUGGGACGCUUUAAACUGCACCACGAGUAAUCACUUUGAAAUUCAUCGUGCAGUCGAAUUGUUCAGGUUCUCUUCAACUACUAUCGCCCGCGUGAAGAGAUUCCUUGGUGACAUGGUCUCUCUCAUGUUGGGAGGGUACUUCCCAAAAUUCAACGUUCUCGACCACGUUUUACGUACGCAAUCUUGCAUUGACUCCGGGGAGACGGAACGUGCUAUAAUCCUGGUACUCACCAUGCUUUGUAACUGUGGCCAGUUAUUACCUACAGAAAACGAGAUCACUCUCCUCAGGAACCUUUUCGCCCAAGUGCCCGAUGAAGUUAUUCUUCCAAAGAGAAUAAGUAGCUGCUUGGAACAGGUUCGACAAGCGAAAGGUCUCCGUCAAAUAGUAACCAUCCUUCAAGACCUGUUAAAGAACAGAAAAGAAGAGCUUUGUGAUGUUUACUGGAGAUUUAGGACGAUUAGAGGGGACGAGGUGGACUUCAAAAGAUACAUCGACACUUUCAAUACAGACGCAGAUACUCUUUCAACACUUAUCCAUGAAACCCCUGAGCUCUCAGGAGACGACGCUUUGGAGCCUGAAGAGGAGCAUAGUCCUCAUAUAGAAGAGGAUCAACCUACAUCUGACUUGGACCCUUCGAGCAAUUCGAUGUUACAAGAUAUUGAAAAAGAAGAAGCCAUGCGGGCAGAAUUGUGGAAAAAAGAGAUGACAUCAGAAACGGGAGAGCAUGCGGAAGUUGAUUUCGGACAAGCGAUAACACAAAAUGAUAUAUCCACUCCUUUCGUGAAUGCGAAAGUCGACAAAUCAGGUUGUGGUGUUUGCAAUGUUUUCUUUUCCAACGAACAAACCGGACUCGAAGAAAACUUGGAACAGGCGAAUGAACCAGGUCACUACGCCAACGACUUUGAAAGUCACCUGAGUGAGAAUAGCCCACAUUGGGAAAAACUUGAGCAAUUUAAUGCUUACGAAUCCCUUAUCAUUCAAAAAGUGGUCCCACUCCAAUUUAUGUUUGAGACACUUGUCAAGAAAGUUGAAGAUCAACUAGAAAUAGCUGGAAAACAGAACAUGCCUUUAAGUAUCCUGAGCAACAUGUUAAAUAAAGUUAAGAUGACCUUUGCUGCUCUGCGAGAGGUGACCUCGACAAUUCAACAAGAAGGCAACUGGGCGGAAACCACACUUGUGGAGAGAGCAGUCAUGGCUUUGACAAAAUCCUUGGAAGCCUGCCAAGAGGAACUGCAAAAAGAAACUCAACCAAGAGGUUUGUAUCUUCUAUAAGGCUUUUGAAAUGAAUUGUGUAAUUUGGGCUAUUAGGGACAGCAGGGAAAGUGCAGCAAGCAAGCACGAUAGAAGGACAAAAAUGACAAUUAUAAGUUUUUCAAACGCAGGCUCGUUUGAUCAAGAUUUCAUAACAACCUCUGCCAUCCUAUCAUACAAGAGAAGUAAAAGGUAUAAAAACGCGCUAGUUAACACGCAACUUUGCUAAUGCAUUAGUGGGACUCUCUAGACCUUAGAAUAUUAGAAAUUGAAAAAAAGGUUCCAAGCAAGCUAUUUCCAACUUUCCAAGAUGCAGGCUUGAAUUUCCUUGUACUGAACCUUUUGUAGCUCGUUUUUUAAAGCGACCUUCCCGUUCCUCGUCUCACAAAAUACCUCUUAUAUUUUUAAUCUAUUCAUUUCUCUUUCAUUCAGAUCAUGACUCGCUGAAAUCAGCAAAAGACGUCGAAGAUGUAGAAGAUGUAGAGUACCUGCAUGUUCCGGGGCUGAAAAAGCGAAAGAACUAGGGAACCGAAAAAACAUGUUCUAACAUAGCGCGCGUGCUUGCCCUAUAUUAGUCCUAUUGAGCCGCUAUGAACAAAAUCCUUAUUUACGCACGCCCGUGCGUAAAUAAGAUGACGUGAGCAUUUUUUUUACCUGGCUUCAUAGUUUCCGUCCUGUUAAGCUUUAGUGCAGUUUUCCUUCUCUUUGAAAUAUGGAAGAAACCAGAGAAGAACUGCCCAAUUUUUCUAUCGGCAUUGACCUUUUAGGUCCUGAUCCAACAAGCAACAAAAAUAAAGCCGAAAAAAACUCGCAAGUUGCACGUUUCGCGAAUUUGUCGGAAGACCAGCUGCAGCAAAUUUUGGUCGAAAGACAGACAUUCACUUGAAACCAAAAAAGGCACCAAUUGGUCAUUAACAACAUUUAAAGGUAAAAUUUCCCUCUUUACUGUUGUUUUUAAAUGUGUUCAACCUGGGGAAUAAAAUACACAGUUGUUAAUUGGGAAUUUACCAAAACCAAAACAAUCACAAUUGCACUCUAUCACAAUAAAAGGCUUCUUCGCGCAGAUUCUUGUUGUCGCUCUGUUAUAAAAGAAUUUGCUCAUGCUCUUAGCUGUGCGUAUAUUGAGUUAUGGAUGCACUUGGGAAGUUUGGAGAGCACUCAAAAAGCUAGAGUUGCUCUCGGCUGCGCCUCGAGCUACUCUUACGCAUUUUUCGUGCUCUCCAAACUUCCUGCGUGCAUCCAUAACUCGAUAUACGCACGCUAGGCAUGAACAAAUUCUUAAUUUGCUCAAUACAUACCGCACGGUAGAGUAUAGGUUUUCGCGCGCGCUGAUUGGCCAGCCCGAAAGCAAAUACUCUGCGAGCAGUUGAACGGACAAAAUCGCGCGUCGAGAGGUUUAUUUCGCAAUUUUUCCGGUACAGUGAUAUAAUGAAACUAUUGUUUUGUUCCUUGUGUGGUAUAUACUAAAACAAUUAUUUACCUCAGAGUCGUUAAAAGUGGUGGAUAUUUACCUCGCCCCUUUGCAGCCUGGUACAUACCCAUCACUAUUCGCCUCCACUUCGAUAAAUAAUUGUUAAUUGUUAAAUUUGUUCACGUCUAACUUUUAAAGCAUUUAGUUUUACUUCGCAGCAUUCAGUUACAUAGUUGUACAGUUGAAAGAGGUGUGCGUCUGCGGAUUCUGAUUCGUUUAGGAGCCCUUUUGGACAUGGUUUCUCUUAUAAAAUUUUACAUAACUAGCAAUCUUUUAAGUUACUCUUUUGAUUAUUGGGUCACUGUCAAAAACAUAGAUUGGACAUUGGAACAUGGUCAUAACAACUUACUUUUAUGUUUUUAUUAGUUUCCUCACGGAGCAUGGAACAUCUGACAUGAAGUAGUCUAACUACUGCUUGUUCGGAACGAUAACUUUUUUAAAGAGCUGAUGAGCUGCUAGACUUCCAUUGCCUCGUCAUGUUGGAUCUAGACAAUUUUCACGGAUUCGACAUAACGUUUUACAGGAAUUUCUUGGAAAAGAAAGUUAGAAUAAUCUUUACAGAGUAAGCUUGGUAGAACAGAUCGACCCCAGCCCCCGCAUUUAUUCCUCACUACUACUUAACUCUACCAUUAGCUUGUUAACAGCCAUUUUAAUUAACUUCCUUUAUCAGUGGCAGAUAUACCAUGCCUGAACUGAGAAAGAAAAAACAUCAAACGAGGAGUGGAAACUUGUUUUUGUACGUGUCGCCAAAGAUUAUUCGAAGCAUGAGGGAGAAUGGGAUAGGGUUGCUCUGUACUUGUCAAGUUAAGGGUUGAUUGAUUAUUCAUCUCGCCCCGAGUAAUGUGAUUAAAUGCAAUUUUUGUGAAUGACAGAUGCUUUUUGCAAAGAUAAAGAAGGCAACGAAAGAAAUGUGUAACGUGAAGAUGGCCCUGAAAUUGCUUUUUUCUUACAAGAGUUAGUGGAAAAUCCAACUGGAGAAUACUUACUCGAUCGUAGUAAACGUGUUUUACAAUUUGUAAUUAAAUAAACUAAGAUAUUUUAAUAGUAAGGGGACACUUCUUUGUAAUCCGCUGAACUAAAAUAUGUCAUCUUCUUUCUGUUAGUUUCUACGAUUGCUAUGUUCUGUCAUGGUUGCGACGGUUGGUAAAAGAAAUCAGGGUAGCGUUAGUCAUCCUGGUGAAAUAAGAUGAUGAGAAAAUAAUAAGUAGUAUUCUUUGUUGUAGUUGUUGUUUCUCACGAUGUAGCAAGCCAUAUCGAAAUUAUGAACUAACUUUGUUGAUUUAUGGCGAAGGAGUAGACGGUGUUUUUCAAAAAAGAAAAAAAGAAAAUAAUAAUAAUAAAAAGGGGUGGGUUGAAGUACGUAUGAAUGGAGUCGAGGGGCAAAUAUUUGUUGUACCCUACCACACCCCAUUAUAGACCCCAACUCCCUACAUCCUCGAAAGGCUUCUUAAUUAAAGGAUUAGCUCCAUUAUGUCCAUAGAACGUCGGUGAAAGCCACAGCUGAUCUGAUUCUCUUUCGGUUUUGUUAGAAGGCGGCAAAUACGAUUCCAAACGACCGGUUGACCAAGCGCAACCAUGGAUGUGACAGCGGACCAGCAUGUUCGCGGGCGAAUUGUGUUCUCGUUUAUAACAAACUUGUUCCGUUUCGUGUGUUUCUGGGAAUUUCGUCUUUGUUCGCGAAGAGUGAAUUAUUUAAACGUUUUUACGAUCACCUUGUGGAACGUAGUUGGAUAUGUGAAAUAUUAACACUUGUCAACUUUGCUACAAAGAAAAUUUAAUCGAGAAGACGUGGAUAGAAGGCGGAAGUAAAAUAUAAUUCUCUACUAUAGGUCCUCCUGAUCGAAAAAAAAAGGAACCUGCGCAGGCUUGCAGGACAGUCGUCUUCAAUGGUUGGCUUUUGUUUGGUUCACAGGAACCGUCAUCGAUGGACUUUACCGUUGAUUAGUAAGUGAGCAGUUCAUAAUAUAAAGCCAAAUUUAACAUGUACAAAUAUUUGCAUAUCCUCACAAUACAGAGAAUGUCUCCUUACUUCCUCGACGAGCCAUUUAUGUUUUGAUUCAUAUUUAAACUUAAGCAUCGCUGUUGUGUUUCGCACCGAUCGCACUCGUUCAUUAGGGUUUAUUUUAAACUUGACAUCGUUGUGAUAACAUCAAUGUCCUGUCAAUGGCUCUACUUUAGCCGCUUUUUAUUUUCAUUUUUAUUUCACGAUUCACACCUUUUCUUUUGUUAUUCAAAAACCUUUAUUUACGUAAAAAAGGCUGUGGUUAUUCAUCGUGGUGAAAAGCUAAGUUUUCCGUUUGUCUCACGAUGUAGUCACACGUGACUACAUCGUAAGAAAAACGGAAAACUUAGCUUUAUUAACCUUUAUUUAACUAACAACCUUGUUGAAUAUCAACAAACUGAAAGUCCGGGAAGGGCUUGAUAAUGUAGCAAGGAAGAGAAUGGCUAAUGAAUUGAAUUUGAUUAUAAAUGAAGGAUUUAUCUUUAUGAAUCCCUCGUUUCAGGGAUUUAUCUGUAUAAAUCCCUCGUUUCAAGGAUUUAUCUGUAUAAAUCCCUUGUUUCAGGGAUUUUUACAAAUAAAUUCCUGAAGUGAAGGAUUCAUUAGAAUUUCAACAAAUUAAUCCCUUAUUAAUUUUUACUUUCCAAUUAGUCAGUUGAACCUUGCUCUUCCUGAGAACAUCAAAUUCUUCCUCUUGACAAAUUUCGGCCUAAUUUUCUAUUAAUAAUGUCAUUUGCAAACAUACUUCACUACAAUCAAUAUAGAGAGAAAAUACAUGUUUCUUUUCAAUUAAGUUUCCUGUCUUUCUGUCCAUCCGUGAUGCUUUCCUCAGUCACUACUUGCUUUAAUUCUUCCGCAAAUGAAUUUCGUGAAACAGGCUCAUCACUCUACCAGGCCAUCUAAACUAGAAUCAAUACUAAAAUUGUGUAGUAAUAUUUCUUCCAAAAAACUAUUUUGAGUAAGAAAAAGCUCCUCAUUGCUACACAUGCCAUCUAUAAUGACAGCACAAACAGAGAAAUGAGUUGUUGGAAAACAUUCGUACACAUUUACCAAAAAACUAGCAAACAAGAACAAAAACAAAAUAUCACACAACAGAACACAUAAACAAAAAACAAAGAAAUGCAAUGCUUAGUCCCUUGUGGACUCGCCAAAAUAUCAAAGUACAAAAAAGUCUAGCACUUGUCACAGAGGAAUUCACAGCAACUUUUCACAGUCCUGUACGCACACAUCAGGCUGCUUUUGUUGUAUCUAAUUUGAUCCGAUGAAGGUGUGACUGUAAUUAGCCAAUGUUUGGCCCCUUUAAGAAAGGAUCAUUAUAUAAAGAUCCCCCAUGAAUAAUAUCAUGAAAUAACUCAGAUAAACACCUUGAACGUCAGUAUUAAUCCGUAUAUACAUAUAUAUGGAUUAAUACCUCUGUUUUUGGUAUCGAUCUCUUACUUACCAGAAUUAUUAGCUAACAGUUCAGCCUGCAAAAACUCCCCACAAACUCAUGAUUGGUGGAGAAAGAGGAAGGAGGAGAGGAGGAGGGGAAAGGGGCUCUAAUAUGGAGAAAUAAUAUGUUCUAGGUUUUGUGGAUAAUGAAUGGAUCCUGCUAUUAUUACAAAAAGGUUUUCUUGUGCCAAUAAACUACAACAAGGACAUUGAGACAAGGUGUACUGUGCCUGUCUUAGUAUACACAGCACAUUUCAAAACUCUCUGUUUUUUCUGAUUGAGUCUGUUCUCUUAAUAACCUUAAUGACAGAGGUUUUUAAAACAGGUUUUAAAAUAAUACCAGUUACUUUACCAGCCUAUCUGGGUGAUGACUUGCUCCUCGUUUUCUUACAUCCAUUUUGAACUCACUGGUCAAGGGAUCUUUGCUCUCUAACUGUGCUCGCCUUACAGCAAUUUACUCAUGAAUGACACUACUUUUUGCCCAAAAGCACAUCUUUAAUGUAGCCAGUGACAAAAAUCAGAUUUCAGGUUUGUUUAAAGUAACCAAUAAAUUGCAGGAAAAUGAAAGACCAAGAAGCCAUUGUGUGACCAAUUUUGCACUAUUGUCUUUAAAAUUUUUCCUCUUUUUUUAAUCUCUUGGUAUUUAGUAUGUCAUAAAUUUGGGUCAGUGAUAGAAAAUACUCAAUUGGCACAAGUCUUGGUCUUUGUUUUUCUCAUCUUUUAGUUAUUCAUGAAAGCUGCUCUUUAUUUUGGUUGUAUAAGUAGAUGCUCAACAAAUAUUGAUUCCCUCAUAAAAGGGUAAUUAUUUCUGUAGAUUCACUAUUAAGGCACUUUUAGACUUGACUCAAAUUUUUUUAAAUGAGAAGAUUAUUAAAUGAAGGUAUAUUUUUAUGUCCUAGCCCAUUUGACAUGAAGGUUUUGAAUGCAAAUGGCUUAUUAUCACUACAACCAGCUUGGACCAGAGGCCCUUCAAGCUGCAGCUUUUGACUGGCUCAAUCAGGGUUUUUAUUUUGAGGCAAUUGAUGGUUUUCAAAGGGUGAUCUGGAGAUUAGCCAAAAAGAGUCGCUGUGAUGAGACUCUGCAGAACCUUGGGAAACUACGUAGAGGACUAGCACAAGCAUUUUAUUGCAUAGACAAAGUCCAAGAUGCCUUGAAUGAAAUUCAACUCUGUAUUACAGAGGGAAAUCAUGUACGUUCUGAGGUGAGUGUUUAAUCAUCCAAUUGGUUUUACUGUUAGUCAUAAAAUACAUGGAGUGUCACGUUGUAUAAUGUUAUUCCAUUUAUGUACAGCAUACUAUGCUGACUCAAUUAGCUGAUCUUGCUGGGUAGAAUUAUUCAGUAUUAAACAGUUGACUUGGUUCAUUUAUUCCCAAUCUGUAUGCUUAAACUGUGAGUUAAAGCAGUGGCUAUUUCCAUCCACCCAUAACAUCCAAAGAUUUUUUGGGUUAAUUGAGUAUUUUUAGAUCAUAUGUCAGCAGAGGAAUAAUUUGGCUUCAUUUUCAACAGUAAAGAGAACCCCCAUUAACUUGGGAGAAAUUACCUAGUAAUUAAUCAUAAACUUCAAAUGUUAAGUUAAUAUACUUAACAAAUUUUGUUUUCUAGGAAAGAACAAAUCUUUGGAUAGCUCUUGCUGAUAAGAGAGGCACGCAUUCUAGAGAAAGGCAGCUUGCUUUUGUUGGCUACGAAAUUGCUCUUCACUUUGUACCUUCACGUAAUUUUCUCCUGAUGAGUAAUCUGUUGUCUAAAAUGUUGCUGUUGUGCGGUGAGAUGGGACCAUCUUUUGCACAGAAAGCCACAACAUUCAUAAAGAAAGCCCAAGAAAUCCAGACAUGUCCAUCACAGGUAAAUGUUUCUCUUCACUCUGCCACUGUUGGUAUCAGAUAGAGAUAUAGAAUGGAUCAUGCAGCUAGAGUAUUGUUUCUUCUGUAAGGUCUCAUAUAAUUGUAACCAUGUGAUUAUUUAAUCAUGAUUGAUUGAAACUGAUUCAGAGUCACCUGCACCCAGUCACCAUGUUCUUGCCCUUAUAAACAGGUGUAAAUGUGUGGUUUGUUGGUAUAAAACACACUCAGUAUCUUUUCAGGGGAGGAAUGGAGUUUUACUUUAUGGUAUUCAUUAUUUGCUGACUUCUCUCUGGACUUGGACUUUUAGUGAGCUGUUCUUUUGUAGUGGUUUAGUUUACAGUUUCCCUAUAGGGAGCAAUUAAUAAUCAGGGAAUCAAUUCUGGCUGGUCAUGCACCGAUUUUCGGUGCAAAAUUUCAAAGAAAAACAUGAGACUAAAACAACUGCUGUCUUGUAUGAUAAAUGAAAGAAAAUUGAAACAAUCAUCAAGUUUUACAAAGUAAAACUUGGGACUUUUUGAAUGUAAAGCUUAUUUAAGUUCUGGUAUCCUGUUGAUUUACCAGUCUGUUUCUAGCUUUCCCAAAAAAAAGGUAUAGGCUUCUAAACAUAGUGACUUACUAGCCUGUGUGUUUGUUUGUGACUUGUGUGAGACAACUUGGUUCUGACAGCUUGAAAGCACACCACCUAGUCAUUGCAAUGUUUGCACAUACACCAGCAUUUGACAGCUGUGUUAAUUUUGCCGAGCAAAAUGAUCAUUUAGUUAUUCUGCUGACUUCAUCCCUUUUUUUCCAGGAACUCGCAGACAUUUGGUUUAAUUGUGGGAAAAGGCUAAUGGAAUCAAAAUCAUUUGUGAAAAUAUCUCUUGAAUGCUUUGCUCUGGCAGAAACAUUUUUACCAGAACCUGAUAAGCUCAUUAAAGCUAACAUCAGUCAUUCAAGGGCAUCAGCAAUCUUAUCAGCCAGUUUGUCAAGUCAUUAUCAGCUGGCAGUCAAUGAUGCAAGGACCUAUGUGGAACAAUUUCCUUCAUUUGAGGUAAGAUUUAAAACUGCAACAUCACUUUUUAAAUUCUGGUGAUAAACUGAAGGAUAACAAGGUCAGGUCAUUAUUUUCACUCUAUUUCUGUGUCUUUCAUCAGAAAAAUGUUAUUUGAUAUUUCAAAAUGUUUCCAGUUUCUACCAUCAUUCAUCUACAAAUAUUAACCCCAUCUUAAUUAGGCUAACCUCUUAGGGUUUGUAUUAAGUGUAUAGAAGUGGAUAUUUAACCAGCAAAAAAGAAGUGCCUAUUUGGAUCUAAGUUUCAAAAUUUCCUGUGCUGUAAGAUCUUGAGGAGUUUUCAAGGUGAGGCUCUAAUACGAUAAUUGGUCCGGCCAUACAGGGUUACACACUGCUAUGGAAAUGCUGUCUUUGUGUGCAAGAAUGUAAUGACGCUCUCACAACUUUCAAGAAGGCGCAGGAGAUUAUGGAGGACAAGAGAGACCGCAGAUAUAAAGAAUUUGUCAAGUUUUUCUCAACAGCAGUAGGACAAAAAGGUGAACACAAAUUAGCAGAUGAAUCAGUUUUUGUGUUUGAGUUAUUCUUGCUUUCUGUUUGAUCAAAAUGUAAUUAGGGCAGGUGUGCCCAAUGCGUGACCUCCGUUUUUCAUUAUUUUGUGUGAAGCUGAGGAAGGUAGAGAGGGGGGGGAGGGGAGUGUUGUUGCGUGUAUCUGCUGGCUCGGAGAACUCCAGUUUAAAAUGACAAAGAGUGUAUGGCUAUUUACUAACCCUGGCUUGGGAUGAAAUCGUUGGGUAACGAUUCGAGACCGACACUGGGUUCGCAAUGGAUGGGAAGCGUCAAAAUGUCCAAAAACUAACCGUAAAAGUUAAUAGACAACAGAACUAUUGGGUGGAAUGACACCAACAAUAUGAUUUUACAACCGUUCAAGAGUACCCAGCUUGUCCAACGUUUCUUGCAAUCGCUGUUUUUUUUCUUUUUUGUAAACCUAACUCUGUCUUCGUUCUAAAGCAUUUCAGGUGUUUGAAGCUGAAGUUCCUGUCCCUAAAUAUUUUGUGGAAAAGUUAAUCACUGAGUCUGUGAAAACAGAGGCCAUUGAAAAUCUAUCAACGCUCUUUUGUAAAGGGUCUUGGGCUACAGAUUGUGAUGCCUCUUGUGUUCCGCUUGAUUUGGUUCUGAAAUGGGACGACGAGAAUUGUAAUCGUCUGUUGACAACCCUCCUGGAAAAAAAGGCUCUUGCUAGAGGUCUCCCCAACAGCAGUAAGUCACCGCUGAAAAUUUGUUUGGAGAGAGACAACUCGGAGUUGGCAGUGAUUCUUUUACAAUAUGGAGCCGAUGACAAUGAUUUGGUUGAAAAAGACGGGGACAGCAUUUUACAUGAGUCGCUGCGAAUCGGUCUCAGGAAAGGUGAAAAUAGAAUCAGAUUUGAAUAAGCGUGCUGUACAAAUCACUUAUUCACUCGAACGAGAGAAGCCUUCACCACCGUAGAUCAGUUUUUAAAUGAGUCACGAAACUAAUCUGAUAUAGUAAUGUCUUACCUUAAUCUUUCCUCGCCCUUGAAUCGGUCUGGAAAAAUUGGCGCCACUCUCAACCAAUCAGAUGCUGACGGGCAGACAUGUAUACACACAUAAAUAUGUACAUGCGUACAUACGUACGUACGUACGACCGUACGUACUUAACCACAUACUUACAAACUGACAUGCAUACAUAUAUACAUUAUUAAAUCUGCCUAAAAGGGCUUUUCAGCAUCAAUAGAAUCACUACAAUUACCACUGACAGUAACUAUUGCAAACUGAAUCAACUUAGAAUUAAGAUGAAUUGAGGACAUAAGCGAACAACUACAUGAUAAUAAUUACAAUUGUGGAAUAUAGUCAAUAUAGUAGGCCAUGAAUCGUGAAACAUUUACGUCAAACACAUGGUAGAAUGCAUCAUUCUUAUUUUUUUUUCUUGUUAACAGGCAACUUCGCCAUAUUAAAGUUCUUCCUCGACGAGAAAAGAUAUUCUGUCAAUUUGCAGGACGCAGACGGAAACACUCUUCUGCAUAUCCUUUGUCGAGGAAAAAUAAAUUCCAAGAGACAAGAAGCUAUGCAGCUUGUUCUCGAAGCGGGAGGCAAUCCGCUGAUUUCAAACAAACAAAAACAGAAGCCCAUGGAUCUUCUUACUGCGUUAGUUAGGUAAAGUGUCUUAGACUAGAUUAAUUGUAUAGUUGAAGGUAUCCCAUUAAUUAUUCAUUUUUUCAAACCUAACUUGGUUUUCAUUUUCUGUGAUUGAUUAAUAAGUGGACCAUUAGUUUGCUAACAAAUUGUUUGAGUUCACCUUCGUGUCUGAUGAAUUUAUUAUCCCCUGUCUAUUCAAUUAUGUCUAAUGUUACAUUUUCACUUUGUUAUUGUUACCAGGGAUAAUAGGAGAAACCUACUGAGCUCAGCCCUAGAGAAUUUUAACACUGAACCUUCCCUCGAUUCAAAUUACGCAGAGCAAAACUUGGAAGAAAAACUCGACGGGGCGAAAGUUGAGAGAAGUUCCAUCGAGGAACCUGAGUCUCCGCGUCCUCUAAGUGACAAUCCAACCACUCCUCCUUCCAUGUCAUCCUCAAAAUCAAAUAAUCUGAAAAAGGAGCCUUUAACCAUUGUCCGCGAACGUGUCCUGUCACUUAUCAAGAAGUUAGAUGUGCGUGACUUGCUCAAAACAUCAAAGAAAGUCAAAAAAGUGAUUCCACAAGAGAAAGCUGAGUUGUACGUGAACAGGGAAGAGCAAUAUUGCGGGAGUCAUCAGCAGCAGAUUUGUCGAGUUGAAGAAGAUAACCGAACUUUCCUAAAACAUGAAUCAAACGAAUUCCACGUUGAUAAAGGAAACGAUGACAAUGUGGUCAAGUUGUCUUCCUUCGAGGGCUUGCCGUGGGAUGUGGAGUGCACUGCAAAAGUUUGGAAAAUAUUAAGCGACAAACGACUAGAGUCAUGGAUAAAAGAGCGUUUUUUCGACAAGGUCAGAAGUCUUGCUCAAGGCCGAGACAACUGGACCCCACACUUGUGUAAAAGACUUGAAGGUCUCCCGAAGAGCCGUGGCAUGCUUUUGUAUGAAACAAGAUUGACAGAUGCUGCAAGAAUCAUCUGGGAAUGUGCAGUUGCUUUCUCCCCCCGAUAUUCAGAUAAAGACAGUGAAAUGAAGUCCACGAUUUAUUCGGAAACCAUUCGAAUAUGGGAUAUCGAGUUUGAUCAUGACAAUGUCUCGCGCGCCAUAGAAAACAUCGUUACAUCAUUUACUCGUGGCAAAGGUUGCAACCUGAGAAAGGAACUCAGGGGACUUCCCAGGGAAGAGGCCUCCCAAAAUCAAGGUCCAAAUCUGUACGUUAAACUUACGCAAGAAAACAUGUGUGCUAGCUCAUCUACCCAGAUCAGACGAGAAGAAAAGGCGGUAAAUUCUGAAAUGAGUGAUGAUGAGGUGACCUUCUUUCCUCCAGCUAGCCAUAAUGAUAAUGAGUAUCAAGUAUUAAAGUUUUACUACCUAUCCAGCGCCAUGAUCCAGGCCAUACGGGAACAGCAAUUGUUUAAUGUCGAGAUCGAUUUUCCAUUUCGAGUGACAGAAGAAGAAUAUGACAUAAUCAACUUUGAACCUACCCCCCAGAGCUCCAUCAUCUUGAUUGGGCGGAGUGGAACUGGGAAAACAACUUGCAUCCUAUAUCGUCUGUGGAAAUGUUUCUUGCAAUACUGGAGAAGCGCCUCAAAAAGCGGGCCAUGGAUACCAAAGAACACUGUUUUUCUUCCCAAAGAGAGCCCAAAGUCGUAUUUAGAAAACCCUAACCCAGGACAUGAUGUCGAAAGUACUCACAUCAAAUUGCAAAAAGCACAGAGUAGUAGUGACAGUGAAGUAGCGGAUGGCGAUUGUGAUGAGGUAACUGCCUGUUGUCUUGAGGAUCCAUCUGUGCAAAUCAGAAAUGGUUCUGAGUCCGGCGAACGUUUUGAACAUCUUCAUCAGUUGUUUGUAACCAAGAACGGUGUCCUUUGUCAAGAAAUCCAAAAGAAUUUCAAGGCCUUGAGUCAAGCAUGCUUAUUUGUUAAACACGAUUCGAGGCCAGAUAAAGCCAUGCCUCUCAAGCUUCAGGACGUCGAUGACACUUCAGGGUCCUGGCCACUCUUUUUGAAUGCACGUGACUUUUACAUCAUGUUAGAUGCCUCUCUUCGUGAGCCUUAUUUCUUUCCACGUAGUGAAGAUGGAAGCUUGCAGGGGAGAGUGCAAGACUGGGGUGAAGAAGGCAAUCGGCUGUCAACUAUUCCUGUUCUGGAUGAAGACGAAGACGAAAACGAAGAUUCCAAAGAUGACACAGAUGAAGAGGAGGAAGAGGAGUCUUUGGAACCCACUGAACCCACUUUGCAUCAGGGAAGAUCCAUGAUCCUGGUUAGUUACAGUAUUUUUGAAAACUACUUGUGGCCAAAAAUGUGUAAGAAAAAGAAGCGGAUUAGCUUCCACCCAUCGUUGGUUUGGAUGGAGAUACGAUCAUUUAUUAAAGGCUCUUACGAGGCUCUGCAUACAGGAAGCGGUCAUCUUAGUCUUGAGAAUUAUGAAAGAAUCGGACGAAAGAGGGCGUCUAACUUCAAAGAUGAAAGUAGAACAGAAGUUUAUAAGCUGUUUAGAUCUUACGAGCACUUCAGGAAAUUGUCCAACAUGUUUGAUGAGAACGACGUUGUGUUCCAUCUGUAUCACCGAUUGAGGCAGUGCGUAGUUCCUGAUUGGUCAAUCCACGAGUUGUACGUGGAUGAAACGCAGGACUUCACUCAAGCAGAGUUGAUGCUGCUAAUACGCUGUUGCCGCGAUCCCAAUGCGAUCUUUCUCACUGGAGACACCGCCCAAAGUGUAAUGCGAGGUAUUUCCUUCAGAUUCGAGGACCUGGGAUCACUAUUCUUUUACCUCAAUGAAAACUACAAAGCUGUUGGAGCUCAAGCAGAAAUCGUCGUUCCAAAGCGAAAGCAGCUCAUUUUAAACUAUCGGUCACACAGUGGAGUUUUAAGUUUGGCCUCCAGUGUCGUCGACAUUUUGCAGAAAUAUUUUCCUGAAUCAUUUGAUAAGUUGGAUAAAGACCAAGGGCAGCUUGAUGGUCCCAAGCCAGUGCUCCUUGAGUCGUGCAGUCCAUCAGAUCUUGCGAUUAUUUUACGCGGAAAUAAGCGCGAGACAACCACCAUUGAAUUUGGUGCUCAUCAAGUUAUCCUGGUGGCCUCUAACGAAGCAAGAGAAACUCUUCCGGAAGAACUUAGCCACGCACUGGUGCUGACAAUUUACGAGGCAAAAGGAUUAGAAUUUGAUGACGUUCUUGUUUACAACUUCUUCAAAGACUCACAGGUGAGGAAAAACUUAAGUGACGCCUUUUUGUCUGGUCGGAGUGAAUCUCUGAGUGUAAGAUUUUAGGAUGUGAUGGUAUAUCUUCCACAUGUUUUUUCUCUAGAGGGUAAAAUUGAGAGUUAAGAUAAGUCUUGAAUUUGGAUUUUGAAGAUGUGUCUUAGAAUGAGAGAUAUGGUGAACUCUAAACUCGGAGGUGAGAUGAAGAGAGGUGUGUUUUCAUUCUCUCACGAGUGUGGUUCGAUUUCUCAUGGGAAUUUCUGUUUCCCACGUUCGUGACAAGGAGAAAAAGUAUCUCUCUUCAAGAUAUGUUCCGGCAUGGAGUGCUGCGGUUUCUUCGUGUGAAAUAUAUCUCUUUUUUGCAUAAAGAAGUCGAUAAAGAACUGAGUCGAUAUUGAAAGAUAGGUGCCAAAUCUAGAAGAAAUAGGCUUCGCAUUACACCGCAAAAUUCUUGUUUUGGAUUCUCUAAUUAUAUUAGUCAUUUUUUUACAUAGGCGUGUGCUGAGUGGAGAGUUGUUACGCAGUAUCUGGUGGAGGUGGUGUGCAACGAGACUGGGAAAGUCAAAUCCCGUCCAUUGGCGUUCAACUCUGAGAAGCACAGAAUCCUCAACUCCGAACUAAAGCAACUUUACACAGCGGUAACUCGAGCCCGCGCAAACGUUUGGUUCUUUGAUGAAGAUGAGGAAAAUCGUCGACCUAUAUUCGAAUACUUCGAGCAACUCGGCCUGGCGAACGUGGCAAAACUACAAACAGACAUAGGAAAUGAUCCCUGUUGUAGCCAGGCUUUACAAAAUAUGUUCUCCAGGUCGUCAUCUCCAGAAGAAUGGGAAAAACAGGGAAAAUUCUUUUUCAGCAAGAAGCUUUGGAAGGUUGCAGAGAAGUGUUUUACAAUUUGUGGUAAUGGCGAGAUGAGUCAAAAAUGCAAAGCGUACGUACAAGCAGACUAUGCACGAACUCUUCACAGUGAACCACGGCGUUUGAAGGAUGAGUUCUUACGCGCAGCUGACCAAUUUCUUCAAUGCAAAAUGAUUCUAGAGACUAAGGUGUGCCUGUACAAUGCAAGGGAGAGAACCCUAUAUGCAAGCCUUCUUCAGAAACUCGGCGAGGUAAGAGUCAGCCAUUUGAGUUCUAAUUUUGGUUGCACUAAAAAUCGGAUAUCCUUGUAGAGAAUCUGUGUCAACCUACGUUUUGAAAAGUUAAAUAAGGUUCUUCUAUUGACCAGCGAUUAUAAACACUAAUAUACCUAUGCUGCUGCUGGUUCUCAGCUCAUUUUCUAUCAUAGUUUGGUACAGUAGAAAUGUAUCUGACAGAAUCAGUUAAAGCUAGGAAAAGUAAGGGCCACUGGUUUGCGUUUCAUAGUGAAGCAUUUAAUUUUAUCUUUACAGGAGAAGGAUGCGAUAAAAUGGUUCGAAAGAGCGGGUAGCUUUUUAGAAGCAAGUCGGUGCCUCGAGAAGCUUGGAAACUACAAGGAGGCAGUAGAAGUCCUUAUCCGAGGGAACCUUUACCAAAAGGCUAUCGAUGUUCUCAAGCGUUUCGAGAAGCUAUCAUCAACUGAUCAGAAAGAGAUUCUUGCACCCGGAAGAAGUCUGCAAGAAUUGUGCUUAGCCUCUGCUGAACUCAGUUUCAAGGGUGGAAACAUGACGGAAAUGCACAACUCACUCAAGUUUGUUAAUCCUGUGGAAAUUCGAGUAGAGUUUUUGAAAAAGCGCAAGUUGCUUGAUGACGCUGCAAACGAAUUUCUUAAAGAGGGGAGAGCAGUCGAAGCAGCGAAGAUAAUGAGAGAAAAGGGAUCCUUUCUAGUCGCAGCUGACUACGCUAAAAGAUCUGGCCACCAUCAACUUGCAGCUGAUUGUACUUUGGCGCUCGUUCGUAGCACAGAGGACUUGCCAAGAGAGGAGCAAGCUAAACAUCUACGUGAAGCUAAAAACCUUUACAAAGAAGCAGGCCAGAUGAAUGGUUUCGCUGAAGUUCUGUUAGCGGAAGCUAAGUGUAUUGCAGACUGUACGAAAGCAGUAGAGGCUGCCGGGAUUUUCAAUUCACCCACAAAUUAUAAUAUCUGUGGGGAGCUGGAAUGUGUUGGGGUAAUGUUGGAUUGCACUCAUCCGGAUCAUCCUGGUCUUUCUAAUAUUAACACUUCCUUUGCGGUGAGAUUGGUGCGAGAUGUCCUUCAACUGAUCAAAUCCCUGAAUGCCAGCAAUCUGGACGUGGUGACACAGAAGGAAAUCGACCGGUGUGAGGAGUACUUUGGACUUUUCAGAGAAGUUGAUCCAUCUAAGAGAGUUAUAAGACGUAAAGAGGGGGAUCGCUUUCUUUACUUCGCCCAAGGACUACAGAGACGUCCUUUUGCCGGCAACAGAUGGGAGAUGGAUCUUCAAGAUGUCCGUGAACGCAUAGCUGAAGUUCUCUUUAACAGAGUCACCCAGCUUAUUCAAUCGAUCCGUGUUCUCCUGGAUACAACGUUCAUAACAAAUCAGAGCUGCCAGAACUUUUUGAUGGGCUUUCCUUGUAAUUCCGGAAGUUGUCAUCUCCAACACAAGCCCCCAUCCCAGAAUACCAAUGACGCACUGUUCAAGGCAAUUUUAGAUGAAAUGUAUCUUGAUGCUCAAGCUUACGACUUUCAAAAAUUGGAAAAGAAAUAUGACAGGUGGGAGAUCAACUCACCAAACCCAACUAAAGACUCGGAAAACCCUUUUCCGAGAGAUGGCUUUGCGUCUUGUGAGAAAUUACUUGAAUUCUUCUUCCCUGCAAGUGGCCAAUCAGCAGAUGUCCCCAUACAUUCUUAUAUCUCCUAUUUACGAGAUGGAGUACCUCGGUUUUUCAAGCAGCGUCUUUUCAAAUUUGCCGAGGAACUUUGGAAGAAGCGUGCAAAUGAUGAAGCCAGACUUCAAAGCGCUGAUGUCUUCCUUACUGUUUCGCAUCUCCUUCAGCUUAUUGGGUCUCCUUCGUCUAGAAUUCUUUCCUGGAUUGCAGAUACCGAAGAGGAGUUUAGGAAAAACUGCGUCAUGCUGAACGGCAAGCCCAGUAUUCCGAAAACAGUAGGUAUUGCUGUCGAGGAAGGUCCAAGGAUGACUUUUACCUCAUUUUUAAGGUGGUGGGAAAUGUCCAAGACGUACUUACAUGCACAUGGCGACAUCCUUGAGGCUGGGCACAACGCAGUUCGCCGUUUCCUAUCAAUGACUGCAAACCCAGGGAAACGACUUCCAUACCCUUCGGCUAAAAACUGUCUUGAUAUCCUGGAAUAUUUCAUGUGUGUGUUCCUCACCCUGUUUGCUCGACUCCAACAGGCUCAGAAUUCUCGCGAUCUCGUGUGUCUUCCGGCUCGUUAUUUGUCUGUCAUGUUAUUUUGGAACACUCUUAACUGUACCACUUCUAAGCAUGUUGAAAUUUACGAAGCAGCUUUCUUUUCUCAAAGUCGUCCAUCGACCAUUAGUCGCGUGAAAAAGUUCCUGUGUGACAUGGUGUCUCUUAUGCUAGGUGGAUAUUCCCAGAAGUUCAACGUACUAAAGAAAGUCCUUCAUCGUAAGGAGAGUAUUCGCACAGGAGAAGCAGAACGGGCACUUAUCUUGGUCCUAACUCUGUUAUGUAAUAGUGGUCACUCAGUUCCACACGAGAGCGAAUUCAGGCUCCUAAAAAACCUUUACAUCAAACCACUUCCUGAAGUCAAGCUUCCCGACAGGAUGGUGGUCUGCCUGGAACAAGUUCAAGAGGCCAAAGGAAUCCGUGAGAUUGUUGUUAUUCUUCAGAAUCUGUUGAGAGAGAAAGGUGAGAAAUUGUGCACCGUUCAUUGGGAAAACGUUCAUCGACAGCUUUGGUGGCAAGAGGUGAACCCUGAAUGUUACCGUAACAACUUUUGUACUAAUGUUUUGGAAAGAUUGGCUCAAAGAACAGAAGAACUUCCAGCCGAAGAGGUGAUAGAGUCAAAAGAUGUAGAGGAAGGAUUGUUGGACGAACUUAACGCAGACGAGGACCACCCCAUUAGAGAUUUAGACCGUUCGCAAACUGACAAGUUGGAAGCUAUAGAGAGAGAAGAGGUCAUUCAAGCCGAAUCCUGGGAGGAAUCUAAUGAAAUGGAAGCGCUGAUUCCUGAAGAAAUUCCUCAUCAACAGGAUGCUCUUGAAGACCCGGUAAAUUCAUACUUCAGCCCUUUUAAAGUUGAUCAGUCCGGCUGCAGUAUUUGUAACGUACGUUUCAGCUCAGAGAAGAGUGAUAAGGUGCAGUUUUCUGGGGAGGAAUGGGAAAAGCAACCAGAAGAUAAAAAUCCUAUAUCUAGCAGCUUUACGGAAUACUCAACUCUGGAAAGUCACCAAGCCGUUGGUAGCCCACACUUUAAGAAAAUAGAGGAGUUUAAUGCCUAUCGAAGGCUAUUUGUAGACGAGCUGCUUCCGCAGCACACAAAAUUAAGCAGCUUAACAAGUCAGGCUGAGUCACUCUUAAGGACCGCAGAACAGCAUGGAAGGCAAAUGAGCAUUUUAAGUAACAAGAUGGACGAAGUUAAGAGGGCUGAAACCAAUAUAGCUGACAUAACCAAUGAUAUCCAACUCCACUGUAACUGGGCAAACCUUGAGCCGUUCAAGGCAGCCAUUGCAGCCCUUAAAAAGGCUUUGAAGUCUUGUGAGGAGGAAAUUUUGUCAGAAAAAAACUCACGACUCACAGGUUAGUGGUGUUUGUGCACUUUUUUUUCUUUUUUCCUAUCAUUAAAGGUGCAACGAACGUUCUUUUUUCGGUUUUAGCGCGGUCUCGCCCGAAAAAAACGCCCGAUUGCUAGUAACUGUGUAAGCGGUUUUGUGAUUUAUGGAUCUAUUUUUUGAAGAUUAAUUUUUCUGUUUAAUGGUUUAUUUAUAUAUUCCAUUCGCAAACUCCCAGAUAAGACUUGAUGUGGAAGAGAAGGAGAACUGUUGAAAACAAAUGCUUUAAAAUCAUGAACUUUGAAUUGCGAUAUAUUUACGAGCUAGUAUCGUUACCAAGACUCAUCAUAUGUUUGUUAUUGACAGAUGAAAGCAGACUUGUCCCAUCGUUUGUAAGUGACCCGUCCGACUGGGACUUGGAUAACGACCAGGAUGGUAUGGCUGGCAGAUGUGCUCAUGUUCCUGGACUGAGAAAGAAGAAGUAGCAAAUGAUGACUGGAAGCUAGUUUCUAUGCUCUCAGCCAAAGAUUGUUCAAAGCGUGCGUGAGAAUGGGACGGGUUUGAUUUGUACUUGUCAAGUUAGGGGUUGUUUGAUAAUUUAUCUCGCUUUGAAUAUAAUGUGAUGAAAAUAUAUUAAUCAUAAUAAUAAUAAAUUUAUUUAUACUGCAAAAAUAGAUCAGCUGAAUUUUAAUAUAAAGACAGUUGUUAUAAACCUGUGUGCAGUAGGUUUAUGGAAAUGACAGAUGAUCUGUACAAAGUUAAAGAAGGCAACGAAAGAAAUGUGUAACAUGGGGAUGGUCUUGAAAUAAUUACUUUUUCGUGCAAAACUUAGUAAAGCAAGAAGCUUAGAAAAGUAUUCGUGUAAGAGAGCGAGACACCGCUUUGCAACCCGCUCAAUCAAAACAUGUUACCUUAAAAAUAUAUAUAUAUCUAUCUGGCCUUUUUUGUUGUAGUUAGAAAACUUCCUUGUUUCAUGUGAAUUACCACGAUUGCUAUGUGCUGUCAUGGUUGCAAAAUUUGGUCAAAAUUUCAGAAAAGUUAGGCUUUGUUCAUACUGGUGAAAUAAUAUUUAUGAGAACCUAAUUCGCAUUAGUUUUUGUUGUUGUUGUUAUUUCUAACGAUGAAGCGAACCAUAUCGAAAUUGACUGAGGAAAUCUUCUUACAAAAAACUCUGUUGUGGAGGUUAUCGCGAAGAAAACUCGAUGGCGAAAGGGGAGGGUAUCAUAAAGAGUAACGGGCAGAUGAUUUCUCUCUGUCACCGAUCAGUUUCCAGUCCACUAAACUAUCUCACGGCUGGCUGUUUAUCACCCAGCAGGAUGAAGUUCCGAACCUUCUUUAAAUAUUUCAACGUGAAGAUCCUGAAGUGCUCCAUGUUACACAUCGACUCAGAAUAACGAGUUGUUUUACAUGAGUGGGCUGACAGCCACUAUUAAUAUUCGAGAAACGUGUCUGAAUUACCUUGUAUAAUGCCAUUAGCUUAUAUUGUUACUGGGAAUUCAUUGACCACUUGGAUGUAUAUUGACCCUAAAUUCUUCAUUAAAGGAAAUAAUUUAGCGUGG